GCCGGCCGGGGGCGGCGGCAGCAGUGCCCGAUCGUCCGUCCGAUCGUCUCUUCCCCGGCCGGGCGUGCGCUCGCUCGCUCGCUUGCUCGGAGCGCGCUGUCGUGGCGCGGGGUGGCCGCCGAUCGGAUCGCCUCUCCCCGUUCUCUCCGGAACGACUUAUCCGUCCGGAACUGCGAUCUGUGCCCGACCCGUUGCUUGUCCUCCACCCGGAUCCCGCCCGCCCGCGUCCAGGAGCCCUUGGCCCCUUUCACCGCCCAGCCGACCUGUCUGCCGCCUUUGUUUUUUUUUUUCUAAGUCUGCAGAGAUGGACGACGAUGGGGAAGUCAGUUGACAGUUGAAAUCGGAGGAAAUCAUCUGUCCCCCCCCUUCCCACCCAACCUCCCAUUCAUUCCCUGCCACUUGGUUUCAUCAGCCUCGCACCUCCUUGGGAACCUGUUGUGGAAUUCUUUUGUGCCAGCGUCUGGCAUUGAACCCCCCAAUGUGGACUCCAAAGGGAUAGGCCCUUCUUUGUCAUUUGAAAUGAAAUGAUGGCCACUCGGCGGACUGGGCUGCCCGACGGAGAUGGUGACAAGCUCAAGGCCUAUGGAUCUCCCACCUGUGAGGUAUCAAAAAAUAAAGAUGGAAAAGAACAAAGUGAAACUGUAUCACCAUCCGAAGAUGAAACAUUCUCCUGGCCCGGGCCCAAAACUGUUUUAUUGAAAAGAACAUCUCAAGGCUUUGGCUUUACAUUGCGGCAUUUCAUAGUUUACCCCCCAGAGUCUGCCAUCCAGUUUUCAUUUAAGGAUGAAGAAAAUGGCAACAGAGGAGGGAAACAAAGAAAUCGCUUGGAGCCAAUGGACACCAUAUUUGUUAAACAGGUGAAGGAAGGUGGCCCUGCGUUUGAAGCCGGAUUAUGCACAGGUGACCGGAUUAUAAAAGUCAAUGGUGAAAGUGUUAUUGGAAAGACCUAUUCCCAAGUAAUUGCUUUAAUUCAGAACAGUGAUACAACUUUGGAACUUAGUGUUAUGCCAAAAGAUGAAGAUAUUCUCCAAGUGCUACAGUUUACAAAGGAUGUCACAGCGCUGGCCUAUUCUCAAGAUGCCUACCUGAAAGGCAACGAAGCCUACAGCGGCAAUGCCCGCAACAUUCCUGAACCCCCGCCCGUUUGCUACCCCCGGACGCCAUCUUCUGCCCCUUCUGCCCUGGCACCACCCCCCGUGGAAACCUCUCCUCCAGAUUCAUCAUCCAACAAGCAGCAAGCCGGUGGUACCCCGGUCCUGAUGCAGCCCUCCAGGGCCUACCGAAUGGAAAUACAAGUGCCUCCAUCCCCCACAGAUGUUGCAAAGUCCAACACCGCCGUGUGUGUUUGCAAUGAAAGUGUAAGGACUGUCAUUGUACCUUCUGAGAAGGUUGUAGACGUGGUAAGUAAUAGAAACAACCACACCGUCCCCUCGCAUCGAACUGAAGAAGUGAGGUAUGGCCUCAACGAACAGACCUCUCUCAAAGCCGUGUCCCGAAUCACCUCCCCACCCUCCUCGGUCCCCACUCCCCAUCUCAUUCCACAGACCCCCAGCUCCAGAUCCUCGGAAUCACCAGGCAUUGUACUGAAACCCAGCAAUUACAGCGGCCAUGCCGAGGGCCUCUCCAACAGCCGAUCGCCAGCCGUGGAGUCGCCUUCUGCCCCUGUUAACCAUUAUUCUCCAAACUCCCACCAGCACAUAGACUGGAAAAACUAUAAGACUUACAAAGAGUAUAUCGAUAACAGGCGAUUGCACAUCGGCUGCCGGACCAUUCAAGAAAGGCUCGAUUGUUUGCGAGCUGCAUCUCAGAGCACAACGGAUUAUAACCAGGUGGUACCCAACCGCGCGGCCUUGCAGGUACGACGUCGAAGCACCUCGCACGACCGGGGACCCCAGUCUGUCCAGAUCCGCCAGCGCAGCGUGUCCCAGGAGAGGCUGGAGGACUCGGUGCUGAUGAAAUACUGUCCCAGGAGCGCGUCCCAAGGCGCGCUCACCACCCCGGCCCUGGGUUUUAGUAAUCACAGAACUCGCUCCUGGGAUUAUAUCGAGGGCCAGGGGGACCCCGGGGGGGAGCAUGCCAGCCCCGAAAGUCAGAUCACAGACUCCAACGGAGAGAAGACCUACAAGUGGAGUGGCUUCACCGAGCAGGAUGACCGGCGGGGCAUCUCAGAGCGGGCCCGGCCAAAAGACAUCCCCAAGCCUUUCCGUGGUCCAGCUUUCACCGUGGCACCCAGCAAUGUCAGCUCUGAUCACAGGCGAAUGAGCAGUCGGGGACCCACGUCUCAGUUUAAGAAGCUGUCCCCGGACCUCAAAAGCCUGCAGUCCAGCAGGAACCACCAUCCACCGCCUUGUGGACUGUCACUGCCUCGAGGGCUCGCCCAGGAGCGGUCUCCGCUGGUGAAAGCCCGAAGUCAUUCCCAGAAAGCGCCUUCCACCCCCGGGGGCACCUCCAAGCCCCCCAGUAGCCAGAACUCCUAUGUGGCCCUCAAAGACCAAAGACCUGUCAACCACUUGCAUCAGAACAGCUUGCUGAACUCGCAGACGUGGUUCAAAGCAGAAGGGGCCCCCGAGUCCCAUGGGGAGACGGGCAAGUCCUUGCCUUUCUCUGGACCAGGAGGUAAGCAGGUCCCUCCAUCGAGGGACAGCCCUGGCACCUCUGACUUGGAGCCCACUGCCCUGCAGAGGAAUCCAGAUUUCAGUUCCCAAGAAGCCGAGGUUCCACAGUCUAGUCCUGCAGAUGGAAAAGAAGCUGUCACCCUACGAGAGAAGCCCCCCUCGGGCCGCCAGACCCCCCAGCCCUUGCGGCACCAGUCUUACAUCUUGGCCGUCAACGAUCAGGACACGGGCUCCGACACCACUUGCUGGCUGCCCAACGAUGCCCGCCGAGAGGUGCAGAUCAAAAGGCUGGAGGAGAGGAAAGGUUCCAGUAGCAGCCCCCCCGGGGACUCCUUGGCUUCCAUCCCAUUUAUAGAUGAGCCAACAAGCCCCAGCAUUGACCACGAUAUUGCCCACAUCCCCGCUUCCGCUGUCAUCUCGGCCUCUGCCUGCCAAGUGGUCUCUCUCUCGACCCUUCCUCCCAGCCUCACGACUUCAGCUCCUCUGAUUCGGCGCCAGCUCUCCCAUGACCAGGAAUCUGUUGGACCUCCCAGUCUGGAUGGCCAGCCCAACUCCAAAACAGAACGAUCCAAAUCAUAUGACGAGGGCCUGGAUGAUUACAGAGAAGACGCAAAAUUGUCCUUUAAGCACGUGGCUAGCCUGAAGGGAAUAAAGAUCGCAGACAGCCAGAAGUCAUCUGAAGACUCUGGAUCCAGGAAAGAGUCUUCCUCUGAAGUUUUCAGUGAUGCUGCCAAGGAAGGCUGGCUCCACUUCCGACCCCUGGUCACUGAGAAGGGCAAGCGAGUUGGCGGAAGCAUUCGGCCAUGGAAACAGAUGUAUGUUGUGCUUCGGGGCCACUCACUUUACUUGUACAAGGAUAAAAGAGAACAGGUGACCCCCUCAGAAGAAGAACAGCCCAUCAGUGUCAAUGCCUGCUUGAUAGAUAUCUCUUAUAGCGAGACCAAGAGGAAAAACGUCUUUCGACUGACCACAUCCGACUGUGAAUGCUUAUUUCAAGCUGAAGACAGAGAUGAUAUGCUGGCCUGGAUCAAGUCCAUCCAGGAGAGCAGUAACCUGAACGAGGAAGACACUGGAGUGACAAACAGGGAUCUCAUUAGUCGAAGAAUAAAAGAAUACAACAGUCUGAUGAGCAGCAAAGCAGAGCAGUUGCCAAAAACACCUCGUCAGAGUCUCAGCAUCCGGCAGACUUUGCUUGGUACAAAAUCAGAACCAAAGACGCAAAGCCCUCACUCCCCCAAGGAGGAGUCAGAGAGGAAACUUCUCAGUAAAGAUGAUACCAGUCCACCAAAAGACAAAGGUACUUGGAGAAAAGGCAUUCCAAGCAUUAUGAGGAAGACAUUUGAGAAGAAGCCAACAGCAACGGGAACAUUUGGGGUCAGACUGGAUGAUUGUCCGCCGGCUCAUACCAAUCGGUAUAUUCCAUUAAUAGUUGACAUAUGUUGCAAAUUAGUUGAAGAAAGAGGUCUUGAAUAUACAGGUAUUUAUAGAGUUCCAGGAAAUAAUGCGGCCAUCUCAAGCAUGCAGGAAGAACUCAACAAGGGAAUGGCUGACAUUGAUGUACAAGAUGAUAAAUGGCGAGAUUUGAAUGUAAUUAGCAGUUUGCUCAAAUCCUUCUUCAGAAAACUUCCGGAACCCCUCUUCACAAAUGAUAAAUAUGCCGACUUCAUCGAAGCCAAUCGUAAGGAAGAUCCUCUGGAACGUCUGAGAACAUUAAAGAGACUAAUCCACGAUUUACCCGAACAUCAUUAUGAAACACUUAAAUUUCUUUCGGCUCAUCUAAAGACAGUGGCAGAAAAUUCAGAAAAAAAUAAGAUGGAACCGAGAAACUUAGCGAUAGUGUUUGGUCCCACUCUGGUUCGAACAUCGGAAGAUAAUAUGACCCACAUGGUCACUCACAUGCCUGACCAGUACAAGAUUGUAGAGACGCUCAUCCAGCAUCAUGACUGGUUUUUCACAGAAGAAGGGGCUGAAGAACCUCUUACAGCAGUGCAGGAGGAAAGCACAGUAGACUCGCAGCCAGUGCCAAACAUAGAUCAUUUACUCACCAACAUUGGAAGGACAGGAGUCUCCCCCGGAGAUGUGUCAGAUUCAGCUACUAGUGACUCAACAAAAUCUAAGGGCUCCUGGGGCUCCGGGAAGGAUCAGUAUAGCCGGGAGCUGCUGGUUUCCUCCCUCUUCGCAGCCGCCAGCCGCAAGAGGAAGAAACCCAAAGAGAAGGCCCAGCCCAGCAGCUCCGAGGACGAGCUGGACAGCGUCUUCUACCGCCGAGAAGGCCCAGAGCAGGGCAUGGGCGACGCCAAAGAGGAGGAGCCGCCCAAGGAGAACGAGGCGGCGGCAGGGGCCAUGGGCAGGAAGCCAUGGCUCGCACCCGGGUCCGGCUCCAAAGAGACGGGCGGCUCCAAAGAGGAGAAGGGAUCGCGGCGCAAAGACGGGGCACCCCCCGAGGAAUCAGCCACCCCGCGCCACCCUAAACACAAAUCCCCCACCCUGAGCAGCCGCCUGGCCACCCUGAAAGAUGCCUCGUGGUCCCGAGGGUCCCCCAAAGCCGUCGCAGGCGAGGAGACGGGGUCGGAUUCGGGCACCUCCUUGCAAGCGUCCCUGGGCCGCUGCCCAUUGCGCAAAGGUGGCAGCCCCGACGCGUCCCCCGGCGACUUCUUGGCCCAGGUGAGCACGAUCACCUCCGACUACUCCACCACCUCGUCCACCGCCUACCCGGCCAGCCUCGACUCCUCCAGCCGCCUGAGCCCCGAGGUGCAGUCGGUAGCCGAGAGCCGGGGCGAUGAGGCGGACGACGAGCGCAGCGAGCUCAUCAGCGAAGGGCGCGCCGUGGAGACGGACAGCGAGAGCGACUUCCCUAUGUUCGGGGCGCGGGGGACCCCGCCAUCGCAGCCGCCUCCGUCGUCGUCGGGUCGCCGCAGCUCCGAGGGCAGCGAGGUGAGCCUCACCCCCAGCCUGGAGGGCCGCCGGCAGCAGUUCAGCUCGCACAAGCUCAUCGAGUGCGACACGCUGUCGCGCAAGAAGUCCGCGCGCUUCAAGUCGGAAGGUGCCAGCAGCAGCAGCGGCGAGCGGGACGCGCCGGGGCUGUCAUCGCGGGUGCUGGAUGCCAUGAAGAAGGGGCGCUCCACGGGCAGCCUCUCCUUGGCACCCUCUCGCGGAGACAGCAGCGACCGUCCCGAGCCCACCUGGAGGACCAAGAUCGCCGAUCGCUUAAAACUCCGGCCCCGCGCGCCCGCCGACGACCUGGUGGCGCUCAGCGUCCAAAAGGCCACCGGUGGCACCGAGUCUUCCCGCAGGAAGAACAUCAAACGGCGACACACGCUCGGAGGCCACCGCGGUGAUGCCGAGCUCAGCGUGCUGAGCUUCUGGAGGGCCCACGAGCCGGUGGGUGAGCUCUCUGCUGUCACCCGGCUCAAGCCCAAGUGCUCGGCGCAAGACCUCUCCAUCACCGACUGGCUGGCGCGCGAGCGUUUGCGCACUAGCGCGUCCGACCUCAGCCACGCGCCCCCCGGGACGCCCCCCGCCGCCGCCCACAGCCCUCCCAGCCCGCUGGAACCCUCCUCGCCCAGGCCCCUGCCCUGCCUGGCACCGCAGUCGCCCGACCAAAUGAAUGGAGAGAGCUUCCAGAUCGCAGCCCACACCCAACCUCACAAACUGGCCGGGGCCCCAGGCAGCCAAGCACAGUUCCAUCCCUGCCUCUAACCCCGAGCCCCGGGGUGGGGUGGGGUGGGGGGGGGGUGGAAAAGCUACUGUUACAAUGCCUCGGUGACUCUGUAAAUAUUUUCUUGUACCAGAAUUGUUAUUAUGCAGCCUUCAUUUUGGGCUGGAUUUUACCCUUUUGCACUGUGAAAGAGAAUUUACAGUGCAUUCCUGCAGCCAGAGCAACCUAUAUAAAUUUAUAUAUAUAUAUAUAUUUAAGAAGAUAUAUAUUGGAUAGUUGUAAACAAAUAAGUAAGGUAUUUGUUGCAACUCACAUAGUUCUAGUCCCAAGACUCCUGAUGAGUUAACUGAGCUGGCAUUUCGUGUGCCGCAAUUGGGUUUCAUCACUAACAAAAAGUGCCUCAUCACGAAAAAAAAAACACAUUUGUUUUUUCUUUUUAGGGUGCCAUAUUGUUAAAAAAUAGAGAAUGUCCAUGGAAUGAAGGCCUUUUAUUGGUCACAAAAAUCCCACACUAUUUUGCCAGUUUUCACACAGGCAGACACAGAUGCAGAACUUCCAUUCUCGAGUCAUUCCAGAUGGAUCUCCUGAGUUUUAUAUUCCAACUUUUAAUACCGAUUUUUGAGUUUUGUGUGACUUGAAUUUUUAAUCUCCUGUAAGAUAACGUAACUUAAAUGAACCUAUUAUAUGUGUAUCUUUUCUUCAGAUACCAGAUUUGAUAGAAUUUCUGUAACAUAGAUGUAUAGCUAGCAACCCAAGCGGACUGCUUCUUCAUCAAGAAGAAUAGAAUUCUGCAUGAGGAUGUAACGAAUCCAAACCUGUGUCAUGCCUUUGUGCAUACCUAAUUAAACACUGGAAAUAAAAAUUGUUUUCGUGAA